AUGGCGAAAGUGACACUUCACGUGUACGACUUGACCAGUGGUUCGGAGAAAACGAACAGCACCGUUGUUCACAUCAACAAGAUCUUCAAGAACGGUAUUGGUCUCGGUGGAAUAUUCCACAGCGCUGUUCAGGUUUAUGGAGAUGAAGAAUGGUCAUUUGGAUUCUGUGAGGAAGGAACUGGAGUUUUCAGUUCUCCUUCUGGGAAGAACACAGCGUUUACAUAUAGAAAAUCCCUUGUUCUAGGAAAAACAAACUACAAUAUUUUCAAGGUAAAUCAAAUAUUAAGAGAACUUAGUAGAGAGUGGCCUGGAAAUUCUUAUGAUCUCUUCUCCAAAAACUGCAACCACUUCUGUGAUGAAUUUUGUCGAAGACUAGGCGUUCCAAAACCUCCAGGUUGGGUUAACAGGUUUGCGAACAUUGGUGAUCUUGCUAAGGAAGUGGCUGGGAAUGCAACAUCGCGGUUCAGGCAAGCAAAAACAGAGAUUGUAUCAGCAUGCAAAGCAGCGCACCGAAUCCUGUUCUGUGUUACAAAUAAUGUUAAAGCUGAUAUGGAUGAUUCCCCUAGAGAAGAAGAAUCUCCUAGAGUUCAACAUGCUUAUUUUACUAAUGGUGUGAAACCAUCUACUUUCUAG